CGGAAGGGAAGGGGAGGGGAUAAAUACGACCUAUAAGUAAUGGUAGUUAGCUGUUUUCCCUUUCCAUUGAGUUGUAUUCCUUUGCUUGUAAGCUUACUGUUGCCGUUGUUUACGGCUACAUCGUUACUGCCAACAUCAACAAUUAUGCCUCGUCCAUCAUCUAGCCUUCUCCUUGCUUUGCUUGGAUCUGUGGCCAGCUCGAUAGCAUGUACAAUCCCUACCACGCCGCCGGGAGACACCAUCCUUGACAAGUUCAGCAUUGUUGUCCAGAACCCGAGCAUUCCCACAGUUCACAACAAGGUCAUGAGAUUCAGGGCCAAUGGCGACGACGAGCAUCUUGUGCUGCCUCCUGUAGGCGUUGCGACCAACGACGUGCUAUAUCUUCAAAAUGGCCGUCUCAUUUACAAUACUAUCCACGCUGUGAUCGAUCUGGAGUACAACGACCAAGAUGACACGACCAAGAUGUUCAUGACUGCACGUGAAUACCACCCAUCUGCUGUCUUCAAGGGCGAGUAUGCCUGCGAUCCAGACACAGAUGAGCUGCAGAUCCGCCUGAAACUUGUUGCUCGCCUCACUGAUCCGCCCGUGCUUGGUGGGCAGAUCGGCAUUCGGGACGCGGUCGGGACAUUGGAGUUCCGUUACUCACCCCCAGGAAACACCAAGAUCAACAAUGAAUUUAUGCCCGUUGAGAUGGUGAUUUUCCGCAAUGGCAUAAGCCCAACUGGUACCGCCACGCCUCCCACCUCCACAGCGCCGCCCCCAACCUCAACUGUGGUUCCAACAACUACUGCUCCACCACCAACAACCACCGUCGCACCACCAACGAACACUGGAGUCCCUACAACCCCAACCAGCCCAGUAACAGUCGGUGACUACGACUUCGUAUACUGCUGGGCCGAGCCAGCUGCCGGCCGUUCAUUCGCUGCCAAAUCCACCGCCGCCGACGACAUGACUAACGAGAAAUGCGCCACCUUCUGCGCCGCCUACCCAUACUUCGGCACCCAGUGGAGCAAGGAGUGUUGGUGCGGCACUGGGCCAGCAGGAGGGGGAUUAGCUCCAUUGGGAGAGUGCGACUACCCCUGCGCUGGAGACGCAUCGCAGCUAUGCGGAGGCUCGCGCCGUCUGUCGCUCUACGUGAAUUCCGCACUGACUGGUCCCCAGCAACCAACUACGGUUGGCAACUACGAGUACACAGGCUGUGUUACUGAUCUCCAGUCAUCGCGUACGUUGACGGGGGAUAUGCUCAGGAGCGAUGACAUGACGCUGGAGACGUGCGCUACUUUCUGUAAUGGCUACACGUACUUUGGGACUGAGUGGAGCACUGAGUGUUGGUGUGGAAAUACAAUCACUCCAGGUGCCAGAGCGGUUGAAGGCACUGACUGCAGCAUGACUUGCAGCGGCAAUGACAACCAGUUGUGCGGGAAUGGAGAUAGAUUGAGUUUCUACAAGGUGAAGGAUUAGGGCGUGCGUGGUUGAAGCCCAGCUCACCAGCUGCUCAGGUUAAACAGCAAUACCUCCCGUCCAAAGAUGGGAUUGGAUAUUGAUGGUGUCUUUGUUUCCAGUAUCGACUACUCUGGUACCAUUGGAAACAUUGAUAGUUCACUAUUUACUUUCUACACAAUUGGCGGAAAAGAUUAUGAAUCAGUCUAAAAUACAAUGAAAUAUAAUGAUCUCAAGAGGAAAAUCAAACGUAAGGUUGAUUUCAUCAGUGAUAUUCCCGACAGUAAAUAAUUCCAGGCUAUAAUCACCAAUUUUAAAUCGCAAUAAAAUAACAG